AUGGAUCCCUUAUCCAUAAUCAGUACGAUCAGUGCCAUCGUAACCGGCGCCUUUACUCUUUCGUCCCACCUCUACAAUUUUGUUGACGAUGCCAGGAAUGUGAACCAGACAGUCAUUGACCUGGUCCAGGAAGUUAACGCCCUCAUUUCAAUACUGAGGGCAGUCAAAUUGGGACUCGAAAGUGACCCUGUGAAGCGCGCCUUUCGACGAACCAACUCAGAUGACGAUCGACUUCUCUGGGAGUCAAUCCAGGGGUCCUUGAAUGACUGCCAAGCAACCGUCGACAGACUGGAGAAAGCGAUUGAGGAUAUCCGUCCCGAGCGCGACAACUUCGUACAGCAGGCAGCCCGCCGGAUUAGGCUCAAUCUGAAAGACAGUGAGAUCACCGCUGCCCGGGCACAAUUCAAAACACACACUAACGCUCUACAAAUGGCUCUCUUGAUGGUCAACCUUCGAGCCGCCUACCUCGCCCCUGAUGUAGUCACCAAUGAACUUGGGCCCAAGAUUGUCGAGCUUCGAGCAUUUAUGGAGCUUGUCUACGGCAGUGAAGCCGACUUGAGGACCAGAUCCCUGGGAAUAGAACCUGCCUAUCUUGCGGGACUUCGCCAGUCUGCACAAAGAGUUAUUUCAAGCGCCACGACCGUGGGCGUGAACAGUGAGGCGACUGGCUCUAUCUGGGGCGAAGUUAUGGAUGAACAGAGGCGAGGCGAGACUCUAUCUUGGAUUCCCAGGCCAGGGAUCCCCGAAGAGCCCGAUACCCUGCGACUGGCACCUCCUCUGAGCGAAAAUUACUCUGGCUCACAAACGACUCCAUCGAUGGAGUGUGGUGCCCGGGAGACAGAAUCCGAUUCAGAUGGCGACUUUGAAUCCGAAGAGGUUGAGAGCUUCUUUGCCAGAGGCACUCUGGAAUUCGAUGCCGACAAUUUCGAGGGGGCGCAUUCGAUUCUCCAGUAUGGCCUCGAACUCGCGGAGAAACUUCCAUUCAAACGCAGACAACCAACACAGAUAGCUAAGGUCAAACUUAUGAUCGCGACGUGUAUCUAUCAUUCAUCUAAUCUCAAGGAGGCUGAGGCCAGACUACUUCCAAUUACGCAGGAGAUGGUGCACGAGAACGAGACAGACGAAGGUGCAAUUCGUCGUUGCCAAGCUUCGCAUCUCCUCGCCGGCACCUUGUUGCGACAAGGGAGAUAUUCAGAUGCAGAGGUCUUCUGCCGCAAAGCUCUCAUCGGCCGGCGCCGUGUACUCGGCAAGAACCACCUUUCUUACUUUGAAUCACUAAGCUUGCUAUCCCGGAUUUAUGAAGCAAAUGGUAAUAGGCAACAUGCGAUAAAUUGUUGGGCCAUGAUCCCGGGCGACGUGGCGUCCAAGCUUGAGAAGAUGAAGGAUGAGUUUCCUAAUAUGCUACAGGGACGUUCAAGCCCUCCUCACGCCGAUGAAAUACCGCCCACGAGGCCUCCUACGGGCGACGAUACUGGACAUCCUCCAUCGACUUCAGAAACUCCACCCGUGACCAUCACAAAUGGCGUCAGCCAGAUCCCCCCGGCGGGAACAAGCUCAGCACCGCUCCCAUCUGUGGCAUCCUCGAUCUUAUCCAACCAGAUCCAUGUCAACGUCAUUGGUCUCCGCGGUCACAGCUAUCAAUUCGGAAGCAGCCGCAGAAAACCCGACGCGGAGAAGAUCCUUCAUCCGUAG